AUGAUCACUCAAUUACCUAUACGUGCCUCUGCGUACUCUGCGAUACGAGCAACUAUAUCCCGCCCUAUUCAGCGAUGUCUACACAACCGCAAGAUCCCCAGCCUCAUACAACCCUCCUUGCUGCAACUCCGACAUUAUUCAACACCUCCUCCAGAGAGUCGACCCCGCGACUUACGGUCCCAAUUCGCAUCUUCUACUGAAGCGCCCACACAAAUCUCUCCCUCCAUCCAACCUACCCCUAAACGCUCUCUACGACCCUACAUAUAUGCAACCGUAUUUCUCCUCAUCGGCCUCACAGCCGGCCAAUACACACGACUGAUCCUCGCCCCUCCUCCCCUCCCACCAGCAGGCACAAAAGAAGACGAUUUAAUGAUCGAAUACCUCACCUCACAAGCCUCCAAACUCCCAAUCGUACAAUCCCUCUCCACAGACCCAACCUGGACCUCCCACGACGCCUACACCAGUCUCCCCAUACCCGAACGCUCAGCACGUCUCACAACCGGCCCACUAGCAGGCGCUCGCGCCCUAGGAGGCUAUCAACGCGUAUUCCAGAAUGCCGAAACAGGCGAGACUGUUACCGUGGUCUGGUUCGGCGGCGCGAUUGCAGGCUGGCCUGGUGUCACGCACGGAGGUGUGAUUGCGACUGUGAUGGAUGAAUCGCUGGGACGGUGCGCUAUAAGGCAGUUUCCUAGCAAAUCGGGCGUGACUGCGAAUCUGGAGUUGAACUAUUUGAAGCCGGUGGUGACGAAUAGCUUUUAUGUAAUUAGGGCGGUGCCGGAGCAGGGGGUUACGGAGAGGAAGUGUUGGGUUCAGGGGAGGCUGGAGACGUUGGAGGGGAGGGUUUGUGUGGAGAGUAGGGCGCUUUUUGUGGUGCCGAAGAAGUAUACUACGAGGGCUCUGAAGGAGUUUUGA